CCCGCUGAUGCCGCCCUCGGCGCUGCCUGAGAAGUCGUGCGGAAAUCCAGCUUCCCUUAGCUUAGCCUUUGCGUUGGCUGCUCUCUGUCCGUGGGCUCCGAGUGCGGACAACUCAUUACACGCGGCGACGAGGGCGCGGGGUGCGCGUAGGCGGCGGGUCAGGGGUUUCUUGGCGCUCCGGCUCCUUUCAGGGCUACCGGCGAAGGGGCCUCACGGGCAAGAACCCGUGAAAGAAGGUUCUACGAUGGUGUGCUCCGCUCUCAGGAGAGUUGCCCACGCGCGCGUGUGCCUGGUGAGGAAGGCCAGUGGCGUCCCCAGAAGCCGCCGGUGCCUGGGCUCAGGGCUUGCUGCCGGAGGAGCGCCGGGUGGCGUGCUGGAGCUGCUGGGUAAGUCCUACCCGCAGGACGACUACAGCAACCUCUCCAGCAGAGUCCUCGCCAGGGUUGGCAGGAACUUGCACAACCUGCAGCAUCACCCUCUUUGGCUGAUCAAGGAGAGAGUGAAGCAGCAUUUCUACGCGCAAUACGUGGGCCGCUUCGGGACUCCGCUGUUCUCGGUCUACGACGACCUUUCUCCGGUCGUCACCACCUGGCAGAACUUUGACAGCCUGCUCAUCCCAGCGGAGCACCCCAGCCGGAAGAAGGGGGACAACUAUUACCUGAAUCGGACUCACAUGCUGCGGGCGCACACGUCCGCGCACCAGUGGGACCUGCUGCGCGCGGGGCUGGACGCCUUCCUGGUGGUGGGCGACGUUUACCGGCGCGACCAGGUGGACUCGCGGCAUUACCCCGUCUUCCACCAGCUGGAGGGCGUCCGGCUCUUCUGCCAGCAUGAGUUGUUUGCCAGCAUAAAGGAUGGAGAAAGCCUGCAGCUCUUUGAACAAAGUUCUCGCUCUGCCCGUAAACAAGAGACACAUACCAUGGAGGCCGUGAAGCUCGUAGAGUUUCACCUGAAGCAGACACUGACCAGGCUUGUGACACAUCUGUUUGGAGAUGGACUGGACAUUAGAUGGGUAGACUGCUACUUUCCUUUUACUCACCCUUCCUUUGAGAUGGAGAUCAACUUCCAUGGAGAAUGGCUGGAAGUUCUUGGCUGUGGAGUGAUGGAACAACAACUGGUAAAUUCAGCUGGUGCCCAAGAUAGGAUCGGUUGGGCCUUUGGCCUGGGAUUGGAAAGACUGGCCAUGAUUCUCUAUGACAUCCCAGAUAUCCGUCUCUUCUGGAGCGAGGAUGAGCGCUUCCUGAAGCAGUUCCGCUUGUCCGAUAUCAACCAGAAGGUGACAUUUCAGCCUCUCAGCAAAUAUCCUGCUGUGAUAAAUGACAUUUCAUUCUGGUUGCCCUCUGAAAAUUACGCAGAAAACGAUUUCUAUGACUUGGUCCGAACAAUUGGAGGAGACCUGGUAGAAAAAGUUGAUCUUAUAGACAAGUUUGAACAUCCAAAAGGACAGUGUGGGAAGGAGGGGAGAGACGGAACUACGUGGAGAAGCCGGACAGACACUGCCUCAGCCAGGAGAUCAAGGUCAACAUGGUCCAAUAUUAUUGGUCCAUUAGUUGUGACAAAUAUUUCAGGACACACAAGACCAGCCACUGCUACCGAAUCACCUACCGCCACAUGGAGCGGACCCUGUCCCAGAGGGAGGUGAGGCGCGUCCACGAGGCAGUGCAGCAGGCCGCAGUGCAGCUGCUGGCCGUGGAGGGCCGGUUUUGAUGGCACCUACGCCACGGCCCUCUCAGCGCUCUGGAUUAGCUGGGGGGAAAAGAUAUUGUUUGUAGACUGGGCCAU